GGGGCCUCUCCAUAGCGGGUGGAUAUAGCCACCCCGCGGGGCGCCGCUCUUCACUUGUGCGGUGGACGUGGCGGUGUAACGUUGUCUGGUGUUAGCUUAGCGUUCCCCGAGUGCCUUAACUUAGCGUUCCCAUAAACUUUAACAAAACGCAGACAUCUUAAAUAUCUUCGGUAUAAAAAGUCGGGAAGGUCAAGAUGGCCAAACUCCUGCCGAUGAUUCUCGCCGGAAUUUUGACCACGGUGCUCCAUGAAGCCCAGGCGGACCUGCCUACAGGCCCUGCUGUUGAUGUGCUUGUGAUCCCCAAUGGCCCGAUGGCAUCUUGCAAGACAACCAAAGCCGUAAGGUCGGUAGUGUUCCAGUCCAUCAAGUCUAAGAAGGGGAUCGUGUAUAACCGCGCAUACACUCACCCGGAAAUAUUGAAUUGCUUCGGAAGCUCCCAGCCGAGCGCGGCCACCUUCAGGGACUGCGUCAACGCUGCCGCCGUGGCCGGACACUCCACCCUGUCCUUCGAUGGUACCACCUGCUCCACCUACAACGCAACAGUACCGAGUCAUGCAUGUGCCGACCAGGAGGCGGCAGCGGCAAACUACAUAGCCAUCUACCAGGCCAACCCUCCUUUGGUCAAGCCAAAUUUCGAAAAUUUCAAAGUGUUGACGGUGGCUGCGACCCUGACGGCGGAUACUACUAACAACUUCGACGUGACGUGGACCGCAGAAGAUGGUGGCUGCAACUACCCCGGCUUCAUCGUCAGCUUCUCCGGCCAGGAGAAGUACGUCGAAACCACUUCGUCCCAGACGACGAUAGAGAACGUCCCAGGGUGCGGGACUGACGUCAUCGUCUCCUUCGGUCUGCCCACCGGAGAGAAGUUCGGUACCACCGCCCAGACUGUGGCGACCAUCGAGCCAGAACCUCAAGAGUACUGGCCGUUCAAUGACGUGCCGGGAUACACACUGGAAGCCAACUUAUUCCCGAACAAAACGGUCAUCGUAAAUUACGACGUUUCCCCUGGAUGCGGUAGCUUCACCCAGUUCAGCAUUGUGUUUGUCAUCCGAUACACGGACUUCUCGCGCGAACUGCCGUAUCUUGUCUUCCCCAUAUCUGAACCAAAAGGCACAAUCGAGAUCGGCACAGCGGAUGUCCCUGAUAUUUGCCUGACUCUCUUGCUUGAUAUCGGGUACACCCAGACGACGGACGGCGGAGACAUCAUGGAUAACCGAGUGUUCUCGUUACCUCUCGAUGGACUCUCAUAUGAAAGCCUGUACCCCUACGAAGUGGUUGGGUCCGAUGUCGUCAUCCACUGGCCUACUGACCUGACACCUUACGACGUCUGUGGCGUCCUCACCGGUACCGACCUGAAAUUCGUGGCCGAUCAGACAUACAUGGCGCCAAUAUCUGAUGGCACCAUCACAUUGCCCAACCAGGACCUUUUGCUUCUAACAUUUAUCACUGUGCUGGAUGAUAGCUUGGGCGUUAUCCUGGUUCAGAUCUUCGUCUUGGUGUCAAAUAGGAUCUGA